AUGCUUGGAGCGUCGAACAAGCGGUCUGGCCCAACGAUACGCGAGUUCCAGUCACUCGUGGGCAGCUUGCUAUGGGUUGCGCGCUGCAAAAAGCCCGACAUCGCCUUUGCGGGCACAGUGAGCUUGAAGGUCACGAUAGCGCCGGCGCAAAACCGUGACCAAAAAGUGUCUCGACGGGGAGCGUUUAGCAACGCUGAUUCUGCGGUCGAUAAGGCCGACAGGAAGUCGAUGACCGGCAGCGUACUUCGCCUUCACGGCAUGGCAGUGAGUCGAGGCGCGCAUAAACAGGGCGGCGUGUCUCUGUCAAUGAUGAAGGCCGAUUUUGUCGCUGUCUCCAAGUUUCUAGGCACGCUUAAUGGUGACGGAGGCUACAAUAUCGAUCAGGAGGGGGUAAUUGGCAAUCUCCUGCGUACCAAAGGACUUAAGGAUGCAAACUCGGUGCGCGCGUUGAUUGGUGACGACUGCUAUGACGAGAAUCUUGACGGAGUAGCGAUGCUUGGAGCGUCGAACAAGCGGUCUGGCCCAACGAUACGCGAGUUCCAGUCACUCGUGGGCAGCUUGCUAUGGGUUGCGCGCUGCAAAAAGCCCGACAUCGCCUUUGCGGGCACAGUGAGCUUGAAGGUCACGAUAGCGCCGGCGCAAAACCGUGACCAAAAAGUGUCUCGACGGGGAGCGUUUAGCAACGCUGAUUCUGCGGUCGAUAAGGCCGACAGGAAGUCGAUGACCGGCAGCGUACUUCGCCUUCACGGCAUGGCAGUGAGUCGAGGCGCGCAUAAACAGGGCGGCGUGUCUCUGUCAAUGAUGAAGGCCGAUUUUGUCGCUGUCUCCAAGUUUCUAGGCACGCUUAAUGGUGACGGAGGCUACAAUAUCGAUCAGGAGGGGGUAAUUGGCAAUCUCCUGCGUACCAAAGGACUUAAGGAUGCAAACUCGGUGCGCGCGUUGAUUGGUGACGACUGCUAUGACGAGAAUCUUGACGGAGUAGCGAUGCUUGGAGCGUCGAACAAGCGGUCUGGCCCAACGAUACGCGAGUUCCAGUCACUCGUGGGCAGCUUGCUAUGGGUUGCGCGCUGCAAAAAGCCCGACAUCGCCUUUGCGGGCACAGUGAGCUUGAAGGUCACGAUAGCGCCGGCGCAAAACCGUGACCAAAAAGUGUCUCGACGGGGAGCGUUUAGCAACGCUGAUUCUGCGGUCGAUAAGGCCGACAGGAAGUCGAUGACCGGCAGCGUACUUCGCCUUCACGGCAUGGCAGUGAGUCGAGGCGCGCAUAAACAGGGCGGCGUGUCUCUGUCAAUGAUGAAGGCCGAUUUUGUCGCUGUCUCGUAA